CGUUGCUAGGCGACCGUGCCUAAGCACAUUUCGAGUAUCAUCCACUCUGUAACAUCCUAUCCUUGCUUCCUUCCGAGGGAUUUCAGGGCCAAUUCAGACAGCGAAACAUCCGCUGCGACGCUUGUAGCUCCGCUGUCAUCUCAGAGGGGAGUUAGUUUUAUGAGCUGCCUAUUAAACGGCCUCUUAAGAGAGGGAAAAAAUCGUCCCAUUGUGUUAUGUGACAACAGCAGCUCAAGUGGUUUUGUGUAAAUCACGGUGGAUCGCAGGCUGAUUGUUUGUUUGAAACAGAUACGCCGGUUGAUUGAAGGAUUCACGCUCCGGGACGUUUGAAAAAAAGAAAUAACCUUUUCGUCUGUUGCCUUUGAGAGUAAGAGAGUGAAAAAAAGAUGGCAGAUCUUAAGUAUACAGUGCGUCCGAUGACCAAAGAUGAUGUACCCGGAACUUUGGAGGUAUGGCGACAAACAGGAAUGCAGGAAGGCACUCAUUGUCUGUAUACAUGGCUAGAAGUGGACAAAGAAGCAUUUAACAUUGCUGUGCUAGACUCAGGUGAAGUCAUAGCUGCGUGCUGUGCAGUUCUUCAUCAUCCUGAUUUUGCGUUUGUUGGAAUCUACUGUUGUCUAGAAAAAUACCGUGGCUGCGGUGUCGGUAAAAAAGUAUGGGAUGCAUGCAUGAAACACGUUGGUGAAAGGAAUGUAGCUCUGAAUGCCGUGCCAGGAAAGCUGGAAUUAUACCGAGACAAAGGAGGAUUUCCCAUUGUUGAGACCAGAUGGACCUCUGUUGUAAAUGAAACCGAAGAGCCCAUAAACCAUGAGCCCCUUUCAGACCAAGUACCGGAUGGAGUUACCAUCGAACCUUUCCAAGAGGCCUUCCUGCCAGCUAUGUCAGAGUAUGACCAUGCUCUAAUGGGGUAUGACAGAAAAUUAGCUCUGGAGCUCAAUUGUAAAGAAGUUGAUAGCCAAUCGCUGGUUGCCUUUAAAGACGGAAAGUGCGUGGGAUUUGGUACUAUCAAGAUAAGUUGUCAAAAAUGUGGGCAGGUUGGUCCUUUGUAUGCAGAUGAUGCAGCUGUGGCGGAGGUUAUAUUAAGGAGGUUGAUAGUUUCGUUGCCUAAGGCAAAAGGAUUCGCCAUGAUGACCAUCAGUACCAAUAUUCCUGCUAAUGAUUUCAUAAAAAAGAUUGGCUGUCCAACAACAGAAGAAUGCCCUCGGUUAUAUAGAAAGGAAAAGCUGGAAGUUGAUACCAAUAAAGUCUUUGCACAUUGGGAUCUUAAUUUCUCCCCUUACUAAAAUUUAAUAAAAAGUUAACCAGUUGCAGGCUACAAAACGCUUAAGAAAAUUCUAUAUAAUUUGCCUUCAUUCUCCGGAAUAUGGAAUGGUAUUAAGAUUUUAUCAUAGCAAAAAUGAAUUAGUAUCUUUAAAGCGCGAAACUUUUUUUAUUUGCAUUUAUUUUGUACGUUUUACAUCUGUAAACAAAGAUACUUAAUUAUUUAACAGAACUCUAACAAUGCUGUAUUUAAAGCUUAAUAUAAUAUACAGAAUACUUUUUUUUUUAUAAAAUCAGAGCUAUUGUAAAUGAAUUAUUAAUAAUUUUUGCAGAGAUUUUUUUUUUUUUUAAAGAAAUAAAGCGAGUAAAAUUUCAGCUUUCAUUUUCGAAAAGAGAUUAAACCUUUAAUGUUGUUUUGUAAUGCGCUUAUAAAAUAUUUAAAUCAAAUAUAUCCCAAAAGAUAUUUUUGUAAAAUUACGAAUCUUAAUUCUUAUACAGUUUUUAAUUUUGUAUCCAAAAUGCAAUUUUAUUUAAAAUUAAAUUUUUUUUCGAAAUUGAUAUUACAUUUGGGAUUUCUGUUAUUUAUUUGGGACUGAUAUAUUUAUUACUUAAUUAUUAAGCAAUGGUAGAUUAUAAACGAAAGUUAUUUUCUUUAGAUUUAUUAUGAAUUUUGCACUGACUUUAUUACUUAUAUUAAAGAGAAAAAUGACUGAGAAGUUAUAUUUUCGUUAAACAGAUAUAACAUCCAACAUACACAUAAAUGUAGCUACAUGUCCCUAUAUUUAUACAAAUUCAUUAUAUAUAGUUGAUUUUUUUAUGUCUUAAUGAUAAAAAUUUACAGAAGGCUGUUAGAUUAACAUCUCGUUUUGACAUAACACGUAAGUAUUCAUAUCAAAAUAUUUUAACUCAACAUAGAAUCUCAGAGGGGGCAGAGAAAUUACGAGGAAGUCACCUCAAAUCUGGGAAAAUAUUUGACUAUUUAACAUGUGCCUGACUUGCAUGCACAAAAGAUCUUCUGUGAAAUCAUGCCUCUGAUACUGAAGCCGAAAUUCUGUCCCGAAGUCACCAUAUCCUCUCUUAUUGAUAAGAGAUAAAAGCAUGGUAUAUCAAAUUAUUCAAGCCCCGUGGAAGAAGUAUUCAUUUCAUUAUGUCCUAACUGAAGAACUUUUAAUAUUGAAUACUUUCUGUAAAUUUUCCUGAUUUCAAAGUAAGUUUUGUAUUUACAUUAGAGUUAUUUGAUGUGACAUUAUUAAAAGUGAAUGUUAAUUAUUAAAUAUAGAAACUUAAAUGAAUAGGAUUUUUUGUUAUGUAUUUAAUAUACCACUGAAAUAAGUUACAUGAUUUUUUUGUACUGGUAUUCAAGACAUAAAUGUUUCAGAAAUUUGUGAUGAUACUUUUAGCAAUAGAAAACAUGUCUUUAGAAAUUUUGUCUAGAAAGGGCAAUACCUAGCUGAAGAAAAUAGUGUGUAAACUAUUGAUAUCAUAUCAGACAUUGAAAGAUAAUGAGAUGAAAAAAUACGAUCUGCAUUGAAUGCAAAAUGUUGUUUUUUAUUUAAUUAUGGUGAAAAUAAAAUUUAUUUAUUACAGUGCGAGUUUAAAUGAUUAUAGCCUGUUUUGUUGGUGUGUCGACAAAAAUGAUACAUUAUAGAUAAUAUUAUCAAAUUUACAUCAACUUCUUUUCAUUUAAAUUCUAACAUCGUUUUAAAAAAACAAAAUUAGAAGUUCUAAAAAUAUCACUGUUGCCACUAUGUAUGUACAACUAUUUACUAAAUAAAAUUUAUAAUUAUUAAAAUACUCGUUAGUUACUUUUAAAUAAAAUAUUUAUGAUUUAUGUCGCAACAAGCCUCUUAUUUUUGGACUCUUUAAAAAAUAGUGAAAAUAAUUAGAAAUAUUUUAUAGAUUCCUCAAACAGGAAUAAUUUUAAAUUUGAAUUUGACGUAUAGAAUAUUGUUUUAUCAAUCUAUUUGUGUACCCAUUUAAAGCUUUUUUUAAAAUUGUGCAUUCUGUAAACAUUAUGCUUCUUUUAACUUUCUCAAGGCAUUGACACAUAUGCUUACAAUUAAUUUUUCUUUCAAUUCAAAUUAUUCUAAGUCACAAAAAGUAUUAAAACCUGUCUAAUAAAAAUUAUUGAGAAAAAAUUAUUUUUUUUUCUAUCUCAAUGAAUUUUUAGCAACAUAAAAUAAAAAUUAUGUAAUGAAUUAAAACAUUUGCCUCAAAUAACCAAAAAAAUGUCCUUGAUGAGAUUAAAAAAUUGGAUAAUAUCUUUUUCAUAUAAUGAAAUAAGAAUUUUAAUAUAGAAUUGCAUGUUAAAUUAGGUCUUGCAGUUUUGGUAGAAUAUUGCUUUUGAUUUCAUUUGUAAAUCACUUAAUAUUUGUUGUUUGAAAUGUUCGCUUUGAAUAAUUAGAAACAUUCAAGAGAACAAAAGGGUGCUUUAAAAGCAUUUUUCUUUUUAUCAAUGGUUGCAAGAAAUUUGUUGAUAAAAUAUCUAAAAUAAAAAUAAAUCUGUAAUCUGUAAUAAAAUAUCUGUAAUAAUGGUUCACAUAUCAGAAGAGCUUGGAUAAAUUUGUACAAAAUUAAAAUUUAGAUAAACAUUGUGUUUGAUUGAAUAUUUGAUGAAUAUAAAACUAUAUCUUUUAAUGCAUAUCAUGCAUAACUAAAAUAAUGUGUACAAAGAUUUAUUGUUAAGUUCUUUUCGCAUUUAUGUAAACUGUGUGUAUAUGUAUUGCAUUUGUUAUAUUAUUUGCACAUGAAAUUUAUUGUUUUUAUUCUUUUACAAGCAAAUCUAUGGCAAUCUUAGAUGUGUGACUUUCUGUAUUUUUAGUUAUAAAUUAUAUCUUGCUUUAGCUUUCGUGUGAAAAGUGGACUUGUGAUUGAAAAGAUUUGGCAUUGUAAUUUUAAUGCAAUCUUGCGCUACAUAUCAUUCUUAACAAACGUAACUGCCAAUUUUAUUCAUGAUUUAGUUUCUUAAUAUAAGUGUUGAAACAUUUAGAGUCAAACUCUUUGUAUUUAUUGUUCGAUAUAUGGAUUAUAUGUUGUUAAUAAAUGUAUGUUACAUAUAAGAUGUUUCCUUUUCU